GAAAGUGAGAGAAAACAUGAAGAGUCAUCUUUUGUUGGCCAUGAUUGGAACCUUUGCCGUUAUAGUUGGAGCCCAGACACAAGAAGGAUUCAUCAGUUUGAAUUGUGGAUUACCUGUUGAUGAAUCUCCUUACGAUGAUUUGUUUACUGGGGUGACAUUCACAUCGGAUUCCACAUUCAUUCAAACAGGGAAAACUAGUAGAGUCGAUAAAAGUCUCAACAAAAUAUUAGCAAGACAAUAUUUGACUCUGAGAUACUUUCCUGAAGGAAAGCGGAACUGUUAUAGUCUAGAUGUCAAGAGUGGCACAAAGUAUCUUAUCGCGGUUAGCUCUGUAUAUGGGAAUUAUGAUGGUCGUAAUAUUGAUCCAAAGUUCGAUAUCUAUAUUGGUCCCAAUAAGUGGACAAGUAUGGAUUUGGCAGGAAGACAAAAUGGUACAACAGAGGAGAUCAUUCACAAAGCUAGGUCCAACUCUUUGGAUAUUUGUCUUGUUAAGACAGGAACAACGUUUCCAAUAAUUUCAGCCAUUGAGAUACGGCCGCUGAGAAAUAAUACUUAUGUUACAAAAUCUGGUUCACUAAGGUUGUCCUUCCGGACGUAUCUCAAGAGUUCCGCGGGAUAUAUAAGGUAUGCUGAUGACGUCCGAGAUCGUAUUUGGUACCCGUACAUUAACCCUUCAUAUACGUAUAUAACAACCAAUCUCGACAUAAACAAUUCAAACGCAUAUGAGAUACCAAAAACCGCACUCCGAAGUGCCGCCACGCCAAAGAACGCUAGUGAGCCGCUAAUCAUUUCUUGGUUAUCGAAAUACUCUAAUCCUCAAGUGUACUUGUACAUGCAUUUCGCGGAGAUCCAAGCCCUUGAAGCCAACGAGACAAGGGAAUUUGACGUUAUCUUGAAAAACUUUAACUAUUCAAGUUUUAGUCCUACCAAGUUAAAGGUAUCUACAUUAUUCACAGAAGUGCCAAUGCAAUGUUAUUCAGGAAUUUGCUCUAUAAAUCUAGUAAAAACUCCAAAGUCAACUCUUCCACCUCUGAUCAAUGCUUUCGAAGCUUACACAGUUAAAGAAUUCUCUCAAUUGGAAACAAGCCUAAGUGAUGUUGACGCUAUUAAAAAUAUCAAAGUUACUUAUCGACUGAGUGAAAUCAGUUGGCAAGGAGAUCCAUGUCUCCCUCAAGAUUUGGCGUGGAAAAAUCUUAGAUGCACUUACAUAGAUACCGCUACUCCACCAAGAAUCAUUUUCUUAAAUUUGCCGGAAAGUGGAUUAACUGGGAGGAUAGCUCCAAGUAUACAGAAUCUCACACAAUUACAAGAACUGGACUUAUCGAAUAACAAUUUGACUGGACCAGUGCCUAGUUUUCUUGCCAGCAUGAAAUCUUUGUCCUUGAUAAACUUAAGUGGGAACAAUCUCAAUGGAUCAGUUCCUCAGGCUCUUCUUGAUAGAGUAAAGGAAGGACUAGUGUUAAAACUUGAAGGAAAUCCAGAUUUGUGCAAAUCUAGUCUAUGCAAUCCAAAAGAGAAAAAGAAUUUCUUGUUUCCGGCUAUUGCAUCAGCUGCCUCUCUGCUUGUUAUAGUGAUGGUCGUGGCUCUUAUUUUUGUUUUCCGAAAGAAGAAGGUGCCUUCAGAUGUACCUGCUCCACCAGGUAUGCCCGUAGCAGAUGUUGGGCACACUAGUCACUCAGAAUCAUCAUUCCUAUCGAAGAAGAUAAGGUUCACUUAUAUUGAGGUUCAACAAAUGACAAAUAAAUUUGAAAGAGCUCUCGGUGAAGGAGGCUUUGGAGUCGUUUAUCACGGUUGUGUAAAUGGUACACAGCAAGUAGCUGUUAAAGUUCUCUCCCAGUCAUCAUCACAAGGCUAUAAGCAUUUCAAAGCAGAGGUGGAAUUGCUUAUGAGAGUGCACCAUAUAAAUUUGGUGAGUCUUAUUGGGUAUUGUGAUGAAGGAGACCACUUGGCCCUCAUCUACGAGUACAUGCCAAACGGAGACUUAAAGCAACAUUUGUCAGGGGAGCGUGGUGUAUUUGUUCUAAGCUGGGAAAAUAGACUAAGAAUAACUGUGGAUGCAGCGUUAGGGUUGGAGUACUUACACACAGGAUGCAUACCACCAAUCGUUCAUAGAGGUAUCAAAACUACUAACAUACUUUUGGACCAAAACUUCCAAGCCAAACUAGCCGAUUUUGGGCUUUCAAGAUCUUUUCCCACUGGAAAUGAAACGUAUGUGUCAACAGUUGUUGCUGGCACUCCUGGAUACCUUGAUCCCGAGUAUUAUCAAACAAAUUGGUUGACAGAAAAGAGUGAUAUAUACAGUUUCGGAAUUGUAUUAUUGGAGAUCAUUACAAACCAACCCAUAAUUCAGCAAUUCCGUGAGAACCCUCACUUGGUAGAGUGGAUCAGCCAUAUGAUAAGAAAAGGAGAUAUUAGAAACAUUAUGGAUCCAAAUCUCCACCAAAAUUAUGACAUUGGUUCUGUCUGGAAGGCCAUUGAAGUAGCAAUGUCUUGUGUGAGUCCUUCUUCUGCAGGAAGACCAACCAUGUCUCGAGUUGCCACUGACCUAAAAGAAUGUCUGAUAUCCGAAAUCUCGAGUGUAAGAGAGAAUCUAGACAUGGAAUCAAAAAGUUCUAUAAACUACAGCAUGGACUUGUACACCGAGGUGAUCCCUAAAGCUCGCUAG